CCACCCGGCUCCCACGUAGUCCGAGUGGCGGCGCCGGCAGCCCCGGGCCCGCGCCCCGCGCCCCGCGCCCGGCCGGGGCUGGCUACACUGACCCGCGACCGGCGGGGGCGCCGCGGGCGGCUGGGGAGGCAGGGCGGCGAGGGAGCGGACGCCGAGACGCAGGGGCGGCGACGGCGCCGAGGGGACCAGCUGCGCACCUGGAAAGUUACCCGGCUGUCUGGUCCUUGAGCAAAAUGGGAAAUGGUUCGGUGAAACCCAAACACUCCAAGAAUCCAGAUGGGCACCCCGGGAACCUCACCGCCAGCGCCCUCCGGAGCAGGGUGACAGAGCUGGAAAGAGAGCUGAGAAGGAAGGAUGCUGAGAUCCAGGAGCGGGAGUACCACCUGAAGGAGCUGCGGGAGCAGCUGUCCAAACAGACUGUGGCCAUCGCGGAGCUCACGGAGGAGCUCCAGAACAAGUGCAUCCAGCUGAACAAGCUUCAGGAUGUGGUGCACCUGCAGGGAGGAAGCCUGCCCCGGGCGUCCCCGGACAAAGUGCCUCUUGAGGUUCAGCGGAAGACCUCGGGAUUGGUCUCCCUCCACAGCAGGAGGGGAGCGAAGGCUGGAGUGUCCGCCGAGCCGACCACCCGAACCUAUGACCUCAACAAACCCCCUGAAUUUUCCUUUGAGAAAGCAAGAGUCAGAAAGGACUCCAGUGAGAAGAAGCUCAUUACAGAUGCCCUUAAUAAAAAUCAAUUUCUGAAGAGAUUGGAUCCUCAGCAGAUCAAAGACAUGGUGGAAUGCAUGUAUGGGAGAAACUACCAGCAAGGGAGCUACAUUAUUAAGCAAGGAGAACCAGGAAACCAUAUCUUUGUACUGGCAGAGGGUCGACUAGAGGUGUCCCAAGGCGAGAAACUGCUGUCAUCCAUCCCUAUGUGGACCACGUUUGGGGAACUAGCCAUUUUAUACAACUGUACAAGAACUGCCUCCGUGAAAGCUAUUACCAAUGUUAAAACAUGGGCACUAGAUCGAGAGGUAUUCCAGAAUAUAAUGAGAAGGACAGCUCAAGCUAGAGAUGAACAGUACAGAAACUUCCUCAGAAGUGUAUCCUUGCUGAAGAAUUUACCUGAAGAUAAACUAACCAAGAUCAUUGACUGCUUGGAAGUGGAAUACUAUGACAAAGGAGAUUACAUUAUUAGAGAGGGUGAGGAAGGAAGUACGUUUUUCAUUUUAGCAAAAGGAAAGGUAAAAGUCACCCAAAGUACUGAAGGCCAUGAUCAACCACAGCUCAUAAAAACACUGCAGAAAGGAGAAUAUUUUGGAGAAAAAGCUCUUAUCAGUGAAGAUGUCAGAUCAGCUAACAUUAUCGCCGAGGAAAAUGAUGUCGCAUGCCUGGUUAUAGAUCGAGAAACAUUCAACCAAACAGUGGGGACUUUUGAAGAACUCCAAAAAUAUCUUGAAGGGUAUGUGGCAAACCUGAACCGGGAUGAUGAAAAAAGACAUGCAAAGAGAUCCAUGUCUAGCUGGAAGCUGUCCAAAGCACUCUCUUUGGAGAUGAUUCAACUGAAGGAGAAAGUGGCCAGAUUUUCCUCAUCAUCCCCCUUCCAGAACCUUGAGAUUAUCGCAACACUGGGCGUUGGUGGGUUCGGAAGAGUUGAGCUUGUUAAGGUAAAAAAUGAGAACGUUGCUUUUGCUAUGAAGUGUAUAAGGAAGAAACAUAUCGUUGACACGAAGCAGCAGGAGCAUGUCUACUCAGAAAAGAAGAUCCUGGAAGAGCUAUGCUCACCCUUCAUUGUGAAAUUAUAUCGCACCUUCAAGGACAAUAAGUAUGUAUACAUGCUUCUGGAGGCCUGCUUAGGUGGGGAGCUCUGGAGUAUAUUAAGAGACAGAGGCAGCUUUGAUGAACCCACCUCCAAGUUCUGUGUUGCUUGUGUGACAGAAGCAUUCGAUUACCUGCAUCGACUAGGUAUUAUCUACAGAGACCUGAAACCAGAAAACUUAAUUCUAGAUGCUGAGGGCUAUCUUAAAUUGGUUGACUUUGGAUUUGCUAAGAAAAUAGGAUCUGGACAGAAAACAUGGACGUUCUGUGGAACUCCAGAGUAUGUAGCUCCUGAAGUCAUUCUCAACAAAGGGCAUGACUUCAGUGUGGAUUUUUGGUCCCUGGGAAUUCUAGUAUAUGAGCUCCUCACGGGCAACCCUCCUUUUUCUGGGAUUGACCAAAUGAUGACCUACAAUCUGAUUCUCAAAGGCAUUGAAAAAAUGGAUUUUCCCAGAAAGAUAACAAGACGACCUGAGGAUCUGAUUCGGAGGCUUUGCAGGCAAAAUCCAACAGAAAGACUGGGAAAUCUGAAGAAUGGAAUCAAUGACAUUAAGAAACACAGGUGGUUAAAUGGUUUUAAUUGGGAGGGACUGAAAGCACGAAAUCUUCCAUCACCUUUACAAAGAGAGCUCAGUGGACCCACAGAUCACAGCUACUUUGACAAGUAUCCUCCUGAAAGGGGGGUGCCUCCAGAUGAGCUGUCAGGCUGGGACAAAGACUUCUGAGAGAAGGAAAGAUGAUCACUGCCUACAGAAUCGAGAGGACUAGAAGUCCUAGCAAUCCAACACUGAUCAUUUCUCUUUGGAGUUUGACACUAUCUUUUGGAAGACCAUUAGAGAAACGAAAUCCCUACCCAUGAUCUGGGGGUGGGCGAGAGUGGGUGCAGAGGUGGUUCUGAAUUAUAAUGUCUCAUUUAGAUGCUGUGAAUUAUUCAUGUGUUCCAUUCUUUGCUUUUCUCAAAUGUUGAAGGCUGUCUUAGUCCCCUCUUCGAAGUCAGAACCAUUUUUGUUAAAGGGACAUUAUCUUCUCUGCAAUCUAUUGCUCCAUCCUUAUCAUUCUUGUCUUGUUUAAGUCCUAGUAAGGUUUAAAAAAUGUCUUGUCCUUGAGCAACUAGGUCAUUCAAAGAGAAGGAAGAACAAGGGUUAAUUUUGGAAAAUUUCCCUUUCCCAACAAUCUCACGUAAGCAUCAUGGCAUCUUGAAAUUGCGGUUUGCAGGAAACGUGGUAGUCAAUAGAAAUUCUUGAUUUUCACCUGCAUUCAACCUAGAAAUAAAUUAAUAUGCUUCUGAAAGUAGUCUGGGGAAAGGCAAAUUUGAAUAUUAGUCCUUGGUACCACUUCCUAACAUAAAUGAGUUAAUUCUUCCUUCCAGGUAAUUAUAUUGUAUUGGAGAACUUAGAAAAAAUAAACAAAGCAAAAAAUAUUUUUUAUUUUCCUGUGACCAGCUGUGGUACCUCAGAGACUUUGCAAAAGUCUUGUGAGAAGUGGUUGUAACGUGUGGUUAAUUGAGGGGCCUUUGGAAAAGUUUUAUCUUACAUAUUAAAUAUUUUCACAAUCAACUUAGAAAACAUACAGAAACUAGAUUGUGAAGGCUUUUCCUUCCCCUUACCUGUGGAGGAGAAAAACUUCCAAAAGGUCAAAAUGUUGACUCUUUGAGACUCUGAGAUAUUUUGGCCAGUUCUGUGACUGUUGCUAUUAAUAAACCAAGACUAUAGAAUAAACACAGUUAAUUUUUAAUGAAAAUCCCAUUGGCAAAUAUUGAUGCAAACCAAAAUCACUGUUGCAUUAAUAAUUUUUUAAAAAGAUGUGUGAGUCAUGGGACUAUUUAUAAUUUUAGAUAUUUAAGGCAGGCCAGCCGCUCGAGAAGUAAUGCCCAGUAACAAGGACACCCAGCAUCAAGUCCCCUCCUGUCUCCUCUGUAGUCUUCCAAAUGAUGGGUAGAUUUGUUUCAAUAGUGUUGGAUACCAGUGCCUAAGAACUUUGCUAGUAGAAUGUUUUUAUGUAUCAAUCAUGAUUAUUCUCCCUCCCUCCUUUCCAAAUGGAUAGGAAGCCGACUUUCCACCUUUCUCAUCUAGCAGAGUAAAAAUAACGUUUCUUCUGCAUUGAAAAGUUCCAUUAAUGAAGCUUCUGCAUUGUUCAAGCUCCUGGUUAUAUUUCCAUAUGCUGAUGUUCUAUAGGAAAAGCAACCUCUACCCACACUCCACCCAUAUUUUCAGCAUUCGGAGAAUCAGUUAUCUGCUUUCUGAAGUGUUAAAACAGAUGAGUGAGGCCCCACCCAAGAAGGUGCAUCCUUAACAAAUUAUAUUUCCACAUUUAGAAUCUUUUUGCUGAACCAAAGAAUUUUUGUUUCCUGGAGUAGUAUUUUUAAAGUUGUACAUAGAUGAAGCAUUUUUAAUAGGAUUGACGUAACCCGCUUAAUGAAUUUCUAAGAUUUUUUAAAGAGUUUUAUUUGCAUUUGGUUUGUAAGCACUGUAUGUUUUUCCAUGUAUAUAUUUUUCAAUUACCCACCUAUAAAUGUAGGAAAUUUGUGUAUUAGGUUAAUAUUAGAACUGUACAGUUAUACUAGCAAUGGUAUUCUCAAAGGUGAUCAGUAGUUGUAAUUCAAAAACAACUUGCAUAUAUACAAAUAAAAACCAACUUAGAGUACUACAAGUUUACUUUGGCUAUGACUGGCCAUGCCAUUAUAUAAUCUCCACAUGUGAUUUUAUUGGGUUUCCUUUAGAGUACUUUAUAAAGAUGAAGAAAUGAGAGACCUAACCAUAAUAUAAACCCAAUUCUAUUUUGUAGCUGGAUGACCUUGGGAAAAUGACUUCACUUUUUUGAGUACUAGCUUUCUCACCUGUAGAAAAAGGCACACUAAAAUAAUACCAACGUUAGGGACCUGUUUUGGGGAGUAAGUUGAUAGAGAGUCCUUUACCAAUUUCAAUGAAAUAAUCAAUGCUGCAUAGAUGGAAAGUACUGUUACUAUCUCUGUUAGAAUUAAAGGGGCCUUAAUAACCAUUUAGUCCUGAACUCUGUGUAUCAUUGGUAUCUGUAUGCCAACCAUAUCAAUUAAAUACAAUGUUAAUCUUUUCUUUUUGUUUUAAAUCAUGAAGUAAAGAUAGUUAAGCUUUAGUGCAUAUGAAGAGUUAAUCCUCACCAAAAUGAAGUGCUUAUUAAGAGCUCACUGCGCACCUAAGUUUCUAAAUUUUAACUUUUUAUAAAUUAGAUAUGUAGGUAUUCUUAGAAAAUACAGAAAAGUAUUCCCCUAUAUACAGAUCCUUCAUAUUCCUAAUCAUUAAAUCAUUCCUAAUCUGUCUUUUCUGGGUAAAAUGUUGAUUUUUCAUUCUUGAGCCUCUUCUCUGUGGGGUCAGCUUUUCACAAUGGUAAUUUCCUAUUUUCUCUAAAUAUUAAAAUGUCUGGGGUGAGGAAAAUGUUGUGAUGAAAAGGAAAAAAUUGGGAGUAAAAUACUAUGGGUUUGAAUUCCUGCUCUUCCUAGAUAUGUGUGACCUUGAAUAACAAACCACAUAUUUAUUCAUCUAUAACUUAGAGGUGGUACAUGUAAAGUUUUGGAACAUUGGGCCAAAAUAUUAUUUCUUGUAGGUCAUUGAUAAUAACCAUUUGGAAAUAAAUAUAUACAUAUAUAUCUUUUG